AAAGGAGAGCGAGAGAGCGAGCGAGCAAAUAAGGCACAGCAGCAGCACCAGUGGCGGCAGCAGCGUCAGUGCAUCUGUGUGUCUUCGUAUCGACUUGUCUCUGGCUGCCAAUCGUCAGUCAAUCGGUUUGGGCUUGAGAUUUCACAGCACCUGAUCUUCAGGAGCAUUUGCUAUCCGCCGACACCGACAGACAUUCGGCUUCAACACUCCGUUUUCCCCUAAGAGAGUACAAACGCCGCUCCGUCACAUUUAUAUCAGUUUCUUGCAUUUUUAAUGGAAAAUGGCGCUCUGCCCUCAGUCAUCCGGAAUGUUUUGCCUGUUCGCUAUCCAAACUAUCCUGAUCAUAUGCGUGUCCACGCCAGGAACAGCGGCUCUCAAAUUCCCCCAGCAUUACACGAUGGUCCACUGGGCUCGACGCAUUGAGAAGGAGCUGGAGAGGGUCCUGCCACUGGUCACUGGAGUGCAGCAGAUGAAAGGGAUUUACAGUGAGAAAAGAAGCCAGUAUGACACGAAGAGCAACCAACCCAAGGACCUGGUGGAGCGGGUGGCACGGAACAUCGCCCGGCUGCUCAACAGCAAGCGCAAGGCCCUGGAGAGACUGGCACAAGAGGCGGAGCGACUGCAGAAGGAGCAUCCCUGGCAAGACGGCCUCAAAGACUCUGAUAUCACCUAUUAUGACUCCAAAGCAGAGGCUGAUAGCUCAGAGGAAGAUGGAGAGAAUCUGCUGGCAAACUCCAACUCACUGAAGUUAGACUUCGUCGAUGAUCCCAACUUCAAGAACAAGGUCAACUACUCAUACACAGCGGUGCAGAUCCCCACAGACAUCUACAAGGGCUCCCCCACCAUCCUGAACGAGCUGAACUGGACCCAGGCCCUGGAGCCCGUCUUCAUCAGUAACAGCCAGGAGGACCCCUCCCUGCGCUGGCAGGUAUUCGGCAGCGCCACUGGCGUCACCAGAUACUACCCAGCCACCCCAUGGAGAGCACCAAAUAAGAUUGAUCUGUAUGAUGUGCGCAGAAGACCAUGGUACAUCCAAGGAGCCUCGUCUCCCAAGGACAUGGUCAUCAUUGUCGAUGUGAGUGGCAGUGUGAGUGGCCUGACACUGAAGCUGAUGAAGAUGUCUGUGGUCGAGAUGCUGGACACCCUGUCUGAUGACGACUAUGUCAAUGUAGCACGGUUCAAUGAGAAAGCUGAGCCGGUGGUACCCUGCUUUAGGUCCAACCUGGUCCAGGCCAACAUGCGCAAUAAGAAGAUCUUCAAGCAGGCCAUCGCCCACAUGCAGGCCAAGGGUACCACGGUCUACAAGUCCGGCUUCCAGUUCGCCUUCGAGCUGCUCCUCAACGACACCGGCUCCCCCAGAGCCAACUGCAAUAAGAUGAUCAUGAUGUUCACAGACGGAGGUGAAGACCGAGCCCAGGAGGUCUUUGAGAAGUACAACUGGCCCAACAAAACGGUCAGAGUCUUUACCUUCUCCGUUGGCCAGCACAACUAUGAUGUCACCCCACUGCAGUGGAUUGCGUGUGCCAACAAAGGUUACUACUUUGAAAUUCCAUCCAUUGGGGCUAUCCGUAUCAACACACAGGAGUACCUUGAUGUUUUGAGUCGGCCAAUGGUCCUUGCUGGUACCCCAGCCAAACAGGUCCAGUGGACCAACGUCUACCAGGAUGCUCUGGGCCUGGGACUGGUCAUCACUGGAACUGUGCCAGUCUUCAACCUCACUGCUGAUGGAUCGCCGCAGAAUCAGCUGAUCCUUGGAGUAAUGGGCGUGGACAUUACCCUGAAUGAAAUCCAAGCACUCACACCUAGAUACAAGCUUGGGGCAAAUGGAUACACAUUUGCCAUAGACCCUAAUGGCUACGUGCUUUUGCAUCCUAACCUGCAGCCUAAGACCAUUAACUUCAGAGAGCCCGUCACUCUAGACUUCCUGGAUGCUGAGCUUGAGGACAGCAACAAAGAGGAGAUCCGUCGCCUGAUGAUUGAUGGCCGGCCUGGGAAGAAGAAGAUAAAGACGCUGAUUAAGUCGAUAGAUGAGCGGUACAUUGAUGAAGCCAUGAGAACUUACAUCUGGACCCCUGUGGAUGGAACAGAUUACAGUCUGGGGUUGGUUCUGCCCACCUACAGCGAGAGCCACAUCCGGGCCAACCUGAGUGACCAGAUCCUUCAGGUCCAGUUGCCAGUGUCAGACAGCAAGGAUUUUGAGUCUUUGCUGCCCAACAGUUUUGAGUCGGAGGGCCAUGUGUUCAUUGCUCCCAGGGAAUACUGCAAAGACUUGGAGCUUUCUAGCAACAACACAGAAUUCCUUCUCAACUUUAUUGCCCUGAUGGAGAAAGUCACUCCAGACUCCAAACAAUGUGAUAAUUUCCUUCUCCACAACCUAAUACUGGACACAGGAAUCAUUCGCCAGCUUGUGGAGAAAGUGUGGAAAAAUAAAGAUCUAAAGACAUAUGGCUUCCUAGCAGUCUUUGCAGCCACAGAUGGAGGGAUCACACGAGUCUUUCCCAAUAAAGCUGCUGAAACCUGGGAGGAGGACCCAGAGCCUUUCAACGCCAGCUACUACCGCCGCAGCCUGGACAACAAGGGCUACAUCUUCCGAGCUCCUUACCGCACAGCCAACGACGAGUUCUUGGACCCAGAGAACGACACCAUCGGCAUCCUGGUCAGCACAGCGCUGGAGCUCUCUGUGGACUCCAGGACCAUCAAGCCCGCAGUGUUGGGCGUUAAGAUGGACCUCGAAGCCUGGACUGACAAGUUUAAGAUGCUCGCUACCAACCACACAGGAAACGGCCGGAGCUUCCCUUCGUGUGGAUCGAAUGGCUGUGAAAUGGACUGUGAGGCCAACAGUGAAGACCUCCUAUGCUACCUGAUUGAUGAUGGUGGAUUUCUGGUCAUGUCUAAUCAGAGAGACCACUGGAAUAAGAUUGGUAUGUUUUUCAGUGACGUUGACGCCUACCUGAUGCACGCCUUGUACAACAACUCCUUCUACAACCGCAAGCAGUCCUAUGACUACCAGUCUGUGUGCGCCCCGGUGCAAAACAGCAACACAGGGGCCGCCCCUCGAGGGGUGUUUGUGCCAACCAUCGCUGAUUUCCUCAACUUGGCCUGGUGGACAUCUGCAGCAGCGUGGUCUGUGCUGCAGCAGAUGCUGUAUGGUGUGGCCUACCGCAGCUGGUUUGUGACAGAUUUGGUGGAUGCGGAUGGCAUGGAGUUCAGAGAAACCAGCUGUGUCAAGAUCCAGACUCAGUUCUACUUCACCAAUGUCACCAGCUCUUACAACACCCUACAGGACUGCGGCAACUGCUCCCGGCUGUUUCAUGCUAAACGGAUAGAGAACACCAACCUGCUGUUUGUGGUGGCCGAAGUCAUGCCUUGCAGCUCAUGCGAGAUUGAAAAGCUCUCUCAAGUGGAAGUCGACUUCAAAGAAGAGGAUCCAUGUAAUGUCCUUGCUACAGCACGGUAUCGAAAAGGCCCCAACAGCUGUUACGACUACAACAUGGCGGAGAACUCGUCAGACUGUGGCCGAGGUCACUCGUUCAGCCCCUCCAUAAGCACUCUUCUCUCGCUCCAGUUUUUCCUCCUUUCUAUAUGGGCCACUCCCCAGGCCCUGCCUCUAUCUCUUUAACUCUUCCUCCCUCUCUUCCUCCUCCUGUCCUCCUUCUCCUUCGUCCCUUCUCUCCUGCAUCACCUAUACUCUUUUUUGUCUCUCUCUUUACUCUCCUUUCCUCUUCUGCGCUCUAGUCAUAGAUUAUAAAGGGACUUCCUGUUGACCUAAUUGGAAGCCCAUCUCUGUGCUGCUGCUACGCCCACUUAGCUUCACAGGUUGUUGCCUAGUGACAGUCGCUGAGCUACGUGGUCUCCAGCCAAUCGCCCUUCAGCUAUGGAGGGAGUUGCCGUCUUAUAGUGUUUCUCUAUGUAAAAUGUUGAUAUAGCAGUGGAAAGAAGUGGAAGAUGUUAGCCAGCGGCAGGGGGACAAAAUUGACACAGGAACACUUUCAGUCGCUGACCAGCUAAGAGAACGACAAUGGAAAACGGAUGUCUGCCGCCAAUGGAACACUGUGUUUUAGAUCAUAUGACUCUUGACCACAGAGGUCAAAGUUCAUCCCGCGAAUUCAUUGCAGAGCCACAGAGGGCCAUCUGUGUUCUGCUGCUUUUGCCUAUCUUAAAUGAAACGGGCUAUGGAACACUCAGCCAUCCACAUGCAUUGAAAAAAAGGAAGCUUAAAAAAUGUGAUGUUUUGUGUUUAAAACAGAAGGAAAAGCGAAAAACAUAUUGGUGUGAGUAUUCUAAGCGCAUCUCCAUACUUAAUGGGAUAAAAGAAGAGUGUAGGUGUAAACAAAAAAACAUCUUGUUUGUUCAUGCACUGUAUCUACUUCUUGCCAAAAUGAGAUAGACUUUUGUGGUGUGGUCUUAUUUUUCUAGCCAAAUUAGAUGGAGAUAAAAAAAAAAAAUGAUAGAAGGACUCAUAUUGGAGGGAAAACAGAAAA